AUGGAGUUUCCAACGUACAUGUGUGCGCGUGACCGUUUAGUGCUGUAUCAAGAGCCAGUGUUUAAUCUCCACGCAGCAUCAGUUUCAUCAUCGUCAUCUACCGACUCUAGUUCAACAAGAGCUUGUCACUUGCAGCGAUUUUUACCACCUGUGAGUGUAUUUCGAGCUACAGAAUGCAAGUUUAAUCAGGACUUUACGCAAUUGAUUGUUAAGGUAACGUCGGCUUUUGCUGGGCUGGGUGGCUGGAUCAAUGCGUCGUUCCAUAAGACACUGAUUGAAGUAGAAGACCCGAGAGAGACUGGGUGUUUUCGUCAUGGACCGGUCUAUAUGCAGAAUGUGGCAGGAGGAGGAGGCAAAUGGGCCGGCGAAUUGCCCGUCCGCGCAAUUCCUAGUCUUCAAGCACCACGGUUAUACAAUGUUGAGAGUUUCCGAGUCGUCCGUGCCAUUGAGCGCAAGUUGCUAAAAGACCGUGUGUGGAUACGUAUUCAGCCAUUGAAGAAGCCAGAAGAGUUGCAGUAUAGCAGUGAGACGAGUGGCAAAGAAGAAGAAGAAGCUGGAGCAGAAUGUGAAAAUCAGGAGAGGAACAAUCGGACGAACGGGACUUGUGUCGCAGACGCAUGGAUUAUUGAGCGUAAUGCAAACACAGCUCAGAGAGUGGUGGUGCCAUGGGGAAGCGACCGUAUCAGUGAUGUGCCAGCAAAUGAUGACGCUGAACGGUUCUACCGCACAGUGUACAGUCGUCGUCCACUGCCUUUGCGCCGCACCGCAGACCUGCAAGCUGAGAUUGUUGGUCAUCUUGACCCAGGCUUUGUGUUCUCGUCCACUCAGCGCAUUCUCAACGAUCGAGGAAACAUUUGGAUUCGAGUGGCACUGCCUUCAGAAAAGUCAGCUUGUGUUAGUAGUAGUGCUGGAGACGACACUGGCAAGGACAAGAACACAAAGAGCAGUUCUAUCGGCAAUGCGGAAGAAUCCAAGGAGGAGGAAGAUGAGUUUGGAUAUCUUGAAUUCAUUUGUCUGCUCCAUGACGCCAAUAUUUAUAGGUCGUGCUGCAAAGUUAUGAAUUCUCAAAUCGAUUCUAGAUUUAUGAUGCAAAAUUCUAAAUCCAUAGUAUGUGGAAAUGGAAAAAGUCUAGAUCUUUACAAUUUACAAAAAAUGAAGUAUGCAGUAUUAGUGACGGGAGCUUCCAGGGGUUUUGGUCGUUGUCUUACAUUAGACUUUGUGCGACUAUUAAUAGAAGAAGAGAUUGAUCUGCAUCUAUGGGCACGAAGUGAGCAUGAUCUGAAGGAGACAGAACGCUUAGUAUGGACUGAAUGGAAGAAAGUAGCUGCAUCGGGCAAAUUGAGAUGUUUUCUCGAGUCAGUAGACUUGAGUAACCCUACCAGUUACACUACAAACGUGGAUCAAAUCAUGCUAGAACUGACAGCGCAGAACUAUGAUCAAGUGAUUGUCGUUCACAAUGCAGGAUCAUUAGGACAACUUGGACUUGCGCAAGAGUGUAUAUCCUCUCCAACGGAGCUGGCAAAAUACUGGGAGCUUAAUGUGACGUCGGUACUAUGGCUCAACAAACGCUUUUUGGAUGUCUUUGGAGCCUCCAGGGACGAACUGCAGGCACUGCAUAAUGCUGCUUUCAGAAAACAGACGCAGUUGGUGAUUGUCAACAUUACGUCAUUGUGUGGUGUCAAGCCUUUUAAGACGCAUAUGAUGUACUGUACUGGCAAAGCAGCUCGUGAGAUGCACCACCAAGUUGUUGCUGCCGAGCAGGCGGCGUUCGGUAAAGUGCGUGUACUGCAGUACUCGCCCGGACCAAUGGAUACGGACAUGCAAAAGAAAAUUCGAGAGUCAUCACUUGUUGAUUCUGAGCUUCGGCAACAGUAUGCAGACAUGAAGGCCCAAAGGACGCUCAUUUUACCACCCAAGUCAUCAGAGUGCUGCGCAAAACUUGCCAUCAGCAAGGAAUUUGCAACUGGAGCCCAUGUUGAUUACUACGAUCUGACCACUUCCAGUAAGCAGGUCUAG